AUGGCUUUAUAUAUAGGCAGUGUGCUACUCUCUGAACCAGAUUUUGAUCCAAUGCUCUUUCUUCUCAAGUACUACAAUAGCGCCAGCUUUGAGGAUUUGGUGAUGGCACGGAAUAACUUCAGCCACAGUAUCUCUGAAUCUGGUGCUCAUGACUCAAGUAGCAUCAUUAAAACCAAUCUUUAUCUAAUCUUCCGAUGUCUUGAAGGCCUUGAUGACCUGCGCAUCGAGAUGAAACGCAGCAAUGCAUCUGGUGGCACAGAUUACAAACUCAGUGUGGGUCAGAAAGGAAAAUCAAGGCCCAAAGAAGGUACUGUUGAAACACGUUUGGAGAAAAAGCUUACCGAUUCAUGGAAUCAGGGUUAUGACCUCUUUAAGGAUGUGUUACAUUGUCGUGAGGCUGCCAAUUCUGCUCGAAAUGUAUUGAGCAUUAUGGAGCGUUUUAGCUUUCUCUUCAGUCUCCCAGAAUCCAUUCGGAAGACUAUUAAGCAGAAUUAUGGGGCUGCUAAUUUCUUCCUCCUACUUGUAGUUUUUACCGAGAUUGAAACGGUCAUUGCUGAGUUUCGAGAAACCUUAAAGUCUGAACUCCUUCAAGUGCCAAUUGAUGUAGAUGAAGCCAUCAAACGAAUAAAAUGUCUUGAACAACUGGACGUGGAUUAUGAUCCCUACUGGAGUUGUGCUGAAGCCUUCAAAAACUGGUUGAUUGAGCAUCUUCAUGCUUAUCAGAAGCGUUAUCAGGAUGAAACCAAACCUCCUCCAGAAACACCUAAAUCUCCAACUCAACCUGCUAUGCGUUCGAAUUUACAAAAUCGCUUGGGAAAGCAGCAAUUGACCAUUCAAUUAUUGAAGCAGGUCUGCAGUCUUCUCUCUACACAAUGUGUUCAACUCUGGCGUUUACAGGUUGUUUGCUUAGCUGCAUCUCCAAAUGCGAAAUCUCCAACUGCUGAAAGAAGCGACGAUCAGCAAUCUCUUCAAGCUAAAUAUCAGAACGCAAAUAUCGAGGUGAUUCACCUACUGGCUAACUGUAUUCGUGAGGCGGUUUUACAGCCUACAUCUAUUGGAUCUCUGGAAACUAUGCAGUCUGGCUGGGCUUCUACUUGUGUUCAGGAGUUCAGAAACUGCUGUCUCAGCCUUCCAUUGGAUAUUGUGCCGAGGGAUGUGCAGUCUGUUCUAAGGCGUCUAUCAUAUGAUUUGCGUCGUCAUGCUGUUCGAGACGUUCUCCGAACUUCUCAAACGACUGUGGAAUCACUUCAUUUUAAGGAGAAUUGGGAAAUUGAAGUUACUGAUAAUGGGGGAAGCAUUACACAGUUGCCUCUUGCUUAUGAAAACGUUAUCAUCGAGUCUCUUUCACGUUGUCGAACUCUCAUGUCAUCUCGCACUUCCCUUGAGGAUUCACUCUUCGAAACCCCUGAAUACCACGAACGUUUCUCGCAGUCUUUCGCUGAUCUCAUGGUUGGAUUCCUUAGCGCUCUGCAACACUUGGCUGAACAAAUAGAACUUUCUAUUUCGAGACAGGGCGCAUCUGCAGAUACACCCCAGGAUGGUUCUGGAGGUUCUGUUGAUGCAAAUGGAAGUCAGAGGUCCGUUGUUGCUCAGGCUCGUGGUGUACUUCUACUUAUCAGUAACGCUGACUGGGCAGCUAGACACGCCAAUUCCCGAGCAUUCAGCGCCUACGCAUCAGGCGGUUUCGCCAACGUGGAAGAUCUCCGUACUCGAGUCAAUAAUGGUUGGAGUGCUGCCACAGAGAAACUCAUUGACCUCUACAUUCGCAUUCGUUCAACGUGGCUUUGUAAUCCUCUUUCCAAAGAAGUCACUCCUGAUAUUGCUCUCCAAAGUGCGAUGAUUACGGCUCUCUGCAAUCUCUCGCACAUCCACUCUGAAAUAGUCCUUCUUUUGGGGGUCUCUACGGCUAUUGAAAAUACUUCAAAUGAAAAUUCUGAGAUUAGUUAUGUUGAUCGUCUCCUGCCAAUCAUGAAAUCGUUCGCUGUUCGACUUUCCGAAGCUAUUCGCUCGCGUUCUGGGUGA